AUGGCGGCCUUGGCGAUCUGUCUGCUACUUCUCCUGCCCGCGGGCGGAUCGGCGCAAUCGAUGAUGCGCCCAGAGCGCAACCCCGCCGGCCUGCUGCCCGGCUACCUGCUCGACGAACCUCCUCCCCCGCUGCUGGACACGAUCACCAACACCCUCUUUCCCCCCGCCAUCAUCGCCGCGGAUGCGGCGGUCGCCAUCCGCCACGCGCUGAUGCUGGCCGUCGUGGGGUUCAACAUCCACGCGGCGGGCUGUGAUCCGGCCCGCGUGGCGCUGGACUUCUGGGGCGAGCGUCACCAAUUCGAGGAUGAUGUCUGCACGGGGUUCGCCAGCAGGGCGGAGGCGAUCGCCUACUCCAGCCUGAGAGCGCUCGAGCUGGAGUUCCCGGCGGUCGCGGCGGGGCUGGCGAUCCAGAUGGCGGCCAAUGGGUACGAUCCAAAAGAUCGGAGCACCAACAUGUCGACGGGCAUAGGGGUUGGCAACGCGGUGGGGAUGAAGGUGGCGAAGUUUUUCGCGGCGGACGGGUGGAACUCGCUAGGGGAUCUGACGCGGGAGCACUACCGGCAGCCGUUCGAGGACACGAGCGGCUACAGGCCGGUGAACUGCCCCUGGGAGGUGGAGUACCCGCUGAGAUGGCAGCCCCUGACGCAGCACGUGGGCAACGGGAGGUACAUUGUUCAGAGCCACGUGGUGCCCUUCGCGGGGGACAUGGAUCCGCUAGUUUUGUCUCCGCAGCAGUUCCUGACCCGCCAGGCGCCACCCCCAUACGCGGACAUCAAUGCCAAGAACCUGACCAACGAAGACGCCGCGACGAUGAAUGCGCUCGUUGGAGAUCUGUUCGAGACCUCCGCCAACCUGACUUUCGAGCAGCGCUUCCAGGCGCGGUGGUUCGAGUUCAAGUCCCUGUCCCUUGGCUUUUUUGUUCUGGACCACGGGCGGGAGUUCGGUUGGAAGCUGGACCAGAUCGCAAUCUACACAAGAUGGUUCCUGGGCGAGAUGCUCGCGCAGCACGACGCGAUCCUCCUCGCGUGGAAGGAAAAAGUGCGCCACGACGCAGUCAGGCCAGAGACGGUGAUCGGGACAAUGUACAAGGGGCAGAGGUUCAGGGCUUGGGUGGACGCUGCCACGGGCGCGGCCGAGAUCGCCGCCGAGGAAUGGGAACCCCUCAUCCCCACCCAGCCCCACUCCGAGUACCCUUCGGGUUCGGCCGCGAUCUGCAACGCAUCGGCGCAGCACGCCGACCUGCUUCUGAAGGAGUUGAGGGGAGAGGUGAGGCCCAUCGCCAAGAUCAACUUGCCGCCCGGGGCGUUCGGCCCCGCGGUGGACUUUGAAGGGAGGGCCGUGAGCCUGGAGUACGAGACGUACGAGGACGUGUCGCGGGCGUGUGGGAUGUCGAGGCUGUGGGCGGGGGUGCACUUCGGGCCGUCCGUGCCGGCGGGGUGGGCGCUGGCGGACGGGGUGGGCAGGGCGGCCUACGAGCACGUGCGGGCUCUUCUGAACGGCCAGAUGCCCGAGUAUUGCGCCAGGUGCACCACCUGA